AUGGUGAUCGAGCAAGUGUCAAUGGAAAUCGCCGUGGGCAUGCACGGCCACGUGCCGAAGAGUAGGUUUCUAGGAGUGAACGCACCUCUACGUCACCGCGCUCGCUUGGCGCGGAAUACUAAUGGCGCGCAUCGCAGACUGCUCGGCAGCGGGGGCACAGCUGGCCCCGAGAAAUUGGUCCUCCGAACCGGAUCGGCCGACCUCCGCGCGGCCUUAGCGGCGAAUCUGUCCGGCCGCUCUCACUUCCUAGUUUCAUCAGGGAUGUACUCGUUUACGAACGGCAAAGGCUUAUGGGAGAGCACUAUCGUUCAACAUCAGUCGAACCGUCUGAACGCUCUCCGGCGCACUCGAUUGACGAAACGCAUGAGUGAGAACACUUUUACUCCCCCCCCCCCCCCAGCUCGACAUUGGUCGCAUUCGGUGACAUUGACACGGAAACGUCACGCAAGGCGGCCGGGGCACAGCUGGCGUGACGCUCCGAAGCGGCUCCGUCAAUUGGGCGGGCCGGAGCCGCGAUGGCCGCCCGGGCCCCGCCAA